GAUAAAUUAUUUAUUUUUUUGAAUAUUAUUUUAAAAUAUUUAUUCAGAAAGUAUAAUUUUUUAGAUAAAUUUUUUUAUCCAUAAAAGAAUGAUUCCUUAAGGUUUUCACUGCACGUUGGACGACGUGGCAAAGAGGGCAGCUCUCUCCGGACGAUUUUGUCCACCGCUGCCAGCUGCACACUUGGUGGGCCCUGCAUGCCGGCGGGGAUUUGGAGGGGGAAGUCCUGGCUCUAUUUUCGCUUGGACACGGAAGGCAGGAACCCGUCCCUCCGCCCGUCACCAUAAUUAUUUGUCCGAAAUGUUCAAAAUCUCCCGCUUGUUUUUACCUCCUCUUCUUUCCAUCUAUUAGUCGCCCUGCGUCCAUCACCCGUCCCUUCAUCCUCUCUGCUUCCUUCCCCUCAUCCGCUUCUCCUUCACUGGCUGCCGUGAUGGCGAAGCAGCACAAAGCCAAGAAGCCAGAGAAUCUGGGAAGGGGGAGGGUCACCCCGGUCCAGAUCGCCUUCAUCGUGGACCGCUACCUCGCCGACAACAGCUACUCCAACACUCUCUCCACCUUCCGAGCCGAAGCCACUGAUCUAUUCUCGAAAACCAGGGGCAAAGAGGUCCCGAAAGGGUUGUUGGGGUUGGGGGAGAUAUUGGACGAGUAUAUAAGCUUGAAGGAGCAGAGGGUGAUGGUGGAUCAGGAGAAAGGGAGGGUCGAGAUGGUGUUGCAGGGAAUACAAGACGUGAUAAGGGCCUACCAUGCUGCUGGAAAUCCUGAUCUUCCGCCUUCACCCCCUCUCCUUCCUCCUCAGUUCGUGGCAACACCAAUGGCACAGGUUCUUCCAGCCCCGUACGCUACUAAUGGGUCUUCUCCAGGCCAUGCUGUAAUCAGAACCCCUGUUGUGAAUAAUGCACAACAACCCAUUGUGCUUCCACAUAGAGCAACAGAACUUAACAAUAGUAUAACUCUGAUACCUAACUCUUCAUCUGCUAACAAGAGGAAAGCUUCAAAAUCUGCUUCGAAGGUUUCUUCAGCUCCAAGGAAGCCAUGUACUGAAUCACCCACCAAGUCAUUCAUAUCAGAAGGUAAUGUGCUGACCUCAGAUGCAACAUGCACUGACAGCAGUCAUGAAACACAAAAAUCAUCUGUUCAGUCAACAUCCAAACAUCUGAUGGUUAAAUCUCCAGUUCAAGGAUGUUCUAUUGCAAAGACCUUAUUCGAUCAAUCAUCUGAUUCUCAAACCAAUUCUUCUCCUAAAACUCCUCCACAAGCACUUCCUGCUCAAGCUGACACAUUAGCCAUGCCUCCAGGAAAUCCAUCCUUUCAAAAGACUGAUGCUACCACCUCCCAGCAAAUAGCUUCAUCCAAUUGCUCCUUGGUUGCUUCUGAAACUAUCAUAGUCAGCCCUGUCAAAGGUACAGCUUAUUAUAAUGUUGAGAGGAGCUACCAUAUUUCUGCUCCCUACAAAUCUAGUCCAGAGAAGAUGAGCAAAAGAGAGCAUGUAAAAGGGAAGCUGGAUUUUGGUGAGCCUGAUGUAAAUGUACGAAUGAGUUCAGAAAAACCAAUUGUCUGUGACAGUUCUACUUCUUCAACUGCAGCAGAGGCAGCAGGAAGCUUUGACUUCGAUCUUCCAGAUUUUGAUAUGUUAGAUCAUGAUUUCUCCUUCUCCGACUUUCUAGCUGAUAUUGAUAUUGACUUUGAAGGAAUUCCAUCUUGCCAGUCAGCCUCUGCCCUUGCAGAUUCAGUUACAGGGCCAGAGAACCAUGUAAGCAGUGGAUGCUCCAAAAGAAAUCGAACAGUACCUGAUUCUAGUCUGACAACCUUAAGUGGUGCUCUUUCAGAGAAAGAAAUGAAUAUUCAAGGUCCUGAUACUGUAACCUCAUUAAGAUCGAUAACAAAGCGCAUCAGAAUUGUAAGUCCUGUUAAAACCAGGUGAAAUUGUUUGUUGGAACAAAACCGCUCAUCAGCAAAAGCUUAACUAGUCUUUAGCUGACAUUGUAGCUGACUUGAAUGUUUUAAAAGUUUAGUGAAGAGAUGGUACUUCAUUUUUGUAUUCCAUUUAUUUUGCCAUUGUGGCAUUGAUUUAGCCUUGUGUACGCAUAGCCUGUCACUUUCAUCCCUUCUGUUUUAAGCCCAUGUCUAGGCUUAUUGUGCCUUUUUAAAGGCUUUUAAAAUUGGUCAACCAGAUUCAUUUUUUUUAAGAUCUAUGAAUGUACACAUUGCUCACUUUGAGAUUAGUUUGCAAUUGAUGAAAAUCAUUAUUGGUUACCCA